CGGAAACGCAACAGUAAGAUUCAAGCAGCCAUGCUGAACUUGCUAAACACAACUGGAGUGUUUUACAGUGUGUUUAAAAUAUCCAGGUAGUUUUAGCAUUGGUUUAUAUGCAGAGCCAUGCCGGAGGACAGGAUUGACCAGCUACAUAUAGUUACAUGUACCGCUCCCGUGAAUAUAGCUGUCAUUAAAUACUGGGGGAAGAGAAAUGAAGACUUAAUUCUACCCAUUAACUCAUCUUUGAGCGUCACAUUGCAUCAAGACCAGCUGAAAACAACCACAACAGUUGCAACCAGCAGAUCAUUUCAGGAGGAUCGAAUAUGGCUCAACGGCAAAGAGGAGGAUGUAACCCAUCCCAGACUACAGUCCUGUCUGAGAGAGAUUCGAAGAUUGGCACGGAAGAGGCGGAAUGAUGGAGACCCUUGCAUGGAUUCAGCUGGUUUGUCCCAGAAAGUCCACAUUUGCUCAGUUAACAACUUCCCCACUGCUGCUGGACUCGCCUCAUCAGCAGCUGGAUUUGCUUGUCUAGUUUACACUCUGGCUCGGGUAUUUGGAAUAGAGGGAGAGUUGUCUGGGAUUGCUCGUCAAGGCUCAGGCAGCGCAUGCCGGAGCAUUUAUGGGGGUUUCGUCCAGUGGAUCAUGGGAAAUAAAGAGGAUGGGAAGGACAGUCUAGCCCAGCAGGUGGAGCCAGAGACUCACUGGCCUGAGCUCAGAAUCCUUGUACUAGUGGCCAGUGCAGAGCGGAAGCCAGUAGGCAGCACCUCUGGAAUGCAAACCAGUGUAAAAACAAGCUGCCUAUUAAAGCACCGUGCUGAGUCUGUUGUCCCAGGCCGAAUGGUAAAGAUGAUUGAAGCAAUACGAAAAAAGGACUUUGCUGCAUUUGGUGAACUAACCAUGCAGGAUAGUAACCAGUUCCAUGCCACCUGCCUUGACACGUACCCGCCUAUCUUCUACCUCAAUCAUGUGUCUCAACAGAUCAUCAGCUUGGUCCAUCGUUAUAACAAGCAUUACGGGGAGACAAGGGUGGCCUACACUUUUGAUGCAGGGCCCAAUGCUGUGAUCUUCACUUUACAGCAGCAUGUUCCUGAAUUUGUGCAGGUGGUUCAACAUUUCUUUCCCCCAGAAACCAACGGAGCAGACUUCGUUCAGGGUCUUCCAGUCAACUGUGCUUCUCUUUCUGAGGAGCUAAAACAAAGUAUUGGUCUGGAACCUGUCCCAAAAGGAAUAAACUACAUAAUUAGUACCAAGGCUGGACCAGGCCCUUGUGUUGUAAAGGAUCCCACUCAGCACCUGCUUUCAUCUGAUGGUUUUCCCAAGAAAAUGAUGUGAUUCCUGCUGCAGCCCUGAAGGAACAUGUUCUAUUGAGCAAUAAUGAAGCCAAUUUGAUUUAGUCACACAUAACUUUUACAAUUUUUACAAAUCGCAGCAAUACCAGACAUCUUCCUCACCACUGCAGAAGCUGAUAUGCCUCCCUUUAAAUAUUAAUCUGUCCUGUUGUGUUUCUACAUUAUCAUUAUGCCCUUGUGUUAUUUCAUAGCUUCAAUCAUUUCUGUGCAUCUCCAGGUAGAUGCUGUUUUGCAGGUAUUAAUGGAUUCAGUUAUAGAUAUGAGCAUCUGCUCGACUCUCAGGCAGUAAACAAGUGGAAAUUCUUGCAGUGAGGAAUGUGCUGAGUCAUGAACACUGUUCACCUCUGGAGCUAACCUAGUGUCCUCUGACCUGUCUGAUCAAACUGUUGUGUGUACAGUUUUUUUGUUUUUUUUUGUUUCCUCUUCUUAAUCACCAUUUCUGAUCAACAGUGUGUAUUUUAUUCAUGUCCGUUUUAUGGUGUGCAAUAAAAUAUAUUUUGAUCAAGA